GGUAUAACUACCCUGUUUUGGGAUGCGCUGAGGUAGCUACUCAUUAACAAUUGGAGUUUUUAACAUUAGCUGAUCAAGGAUCUGAAGAUUCGACAAGAAAGAAAAAUGGCUAAAUCGGUGUCGAGCUAUGAGCCUUUGGAUGAGGGUGAGGUGACCAAGACCGAGGCAAAGGAUGUGUUUCUCAACGUGAUCAGCACCCUUGGGAUAUUGUUGUUUGCGGGGAUGAUAGUUGUCGCUGUGAUAUUCUUCAACGAGUGUCCGACCCAACCCUACCUCUCCAUAUACAUGAUCGUCCAGGGAUCUGUGUCCAUCACCAUGCCCAUCCUGUUCCUCGUCAAGUACAGGAUGGGCGUUGGCAUCAAGCGGAUCAACUUUCUCACCUAUGUCGUUACUGUCGCCGUCCUUUCCUUCGGCUGGUUCUGCGCAGGUACCUACUGGCUGAUGUCGGCGGGAUGUCCCCAGGCCUUCUUGUACAGGGCAGCCAUUGGGUUCCUGGUGCCAGUGUGGAUUAUCGCCCUAACCUGUAUUAUUGCCUUUAUAUGGGCAUGCUGUAGAAAAGAAGAACAUUCUCCUUAAAGUCAUCACUUUAAACUCUCAACUGUUGCAGUUAUGCGUUUAAUAGCCUUUGUAUUUGAGACGAUGGGACAUUAUUGAAUGUAUAUUGGUGUGAUGGACAUCCUAAAACGCCCAGUCAUUACUUUGGCUGGUACGAAGUUAUUAGCUGCAUGUGUUCCAAACAUGCAUUUAUUACCUAGACAAUUGUGUUUGCUUUAAAAAUCAAUACAAUUUCAUGUCCAUACGGCGUCCCGUUAUAGUUCUAUAAAGUGUCAUAUGUUGUAUAACAAGCCUGCACAGGUUUAUGUACCAUACAGAAAUGAUCCCAAUGUUAGUGGUGUGUACACAUAUUGCUCAUCAGCAAUUCUGAACGUUAUUUAAACUGCAUUAGUUCAUGUGUUAAUGCCACUCAAAGUGAUCACUGAACAUACUAGGGCAUGUUUUUAUGAUAGAUGAUAAUGCUGCUUAUGUAUGUUUUAGCAUUCCCUUUCUUGAUUCAAGCUGUAUUAAAGUGUUAAUAUUAAAUAAAUUACGUAUUUUUACACCCGAAACUAUUUGAGCUCCACUGAACAGAGUUAUAUUUUGUCAUUCCCUUCUUGAUUCAAGCUGUAUUAAAGUGUUAAUAUUAAAUAAAUUACGUAUUUUUACACCCGGAACUAUUUGAGCUCCACUGAACAGACUUAUGUUUUGGCAUUCCCUUCUUGAUUAAAGCUGUAUUAAAGUGUUAAUAUUAAAUAAAUUACGUAUUUUUACACCCGGAACUAUUUGAGCUCCACUGAAUAGACUCAGUUAUUCAGCAUUAUUCUCUUUUGAGCACUUAUCUUUGUAAAUAUACUUGUCAUGUACUGAUACUGAGAACAACGGCAAGGGCGUACUGAGGUCUAACAAGUAAUGUUUUAUUUGAUACUGCUUUACAGGCGUUAACGAACAUUGGACUUUCAUUUGGUUUGGUUCGCUGUUUUACGCUACACUCAGCAGUAUAUCAUGUAUAUGGCGGUAGUCUGUAAAUGAUAGAGUCUGGACCAGACAGUCCAGUGAUCAACUGCAUGAGCAUCAAUAUACGCAACUGGGAUACGAUGACGUGUCAACCAAGACAGCGAGCCUGACCACCCGAUCCCGUUGGUAGCCUCAUAGACCAUGCAUGAGUUAUUUAAGGCCAACUCUAACCCAUAUCUUCACGGGUGCACCUGACUUUGAUGUUCUUAUAGCUGUACAUAUGUUCAUGUCUAAAGACUUGAUCUUUAUUUCGUUCAAUGUCUGUUAUUCAGUCUGGCCUUUACUACUUACCUGUCUUAUUGUGCAUAUGUUUGUUAUUGAAUGUUAAUACCAUUAUAGUGAAGUUUAAAUGACAAUCUAAGGUUAGGAAGCAGUGGACCUUCCUUUCAUUGAUGUAACAAUGUCGGAGUAAAGGUAAUGAACUGU